CAUGAUGCUAAUGUCUUGAUGCUCUCGAUAUUGUGUAUUUCUUGCAUUUUUCCAGGAUAUAUCGUUUUUUAAAUUUCAAGGAUUUUCUCACAGAUUAUCCUGGAUUUUUUACCAAUUUCUAUUAAACUUCUUUUUAUGCAUUUAUUUAGAAAUUUUGCAUUUAAUUGUUUAUUUCUGUAUCUGUGCAUUAUAUACAUUCUGUGGUGAGCAAAAAAAUGAGUUUAGUCUUAUGUAGAACUGAAUGAAUAUUUCAGAUAGAAUGUGAUGCCAAGAUGGCGUACACAUUUCAGCCUCUGGAGGCCGCGUUAGAUUCUCUUGGUGUAAAUUAUACUGAUGGUGUUACAGUAAGAAUAUCAGAAAAGUACACGGUAAACUGUGAUCUAGUCGGGGUUGAAUCUCUUCUCCAUGAAACUGAUCCUAAGGUUCAGAGUCUCCAUGCAGAGUAUGAUACUGGGUUCGAGAAACAGGUUCUCCGGGACCUUCACAAAUACAGAGAGGAGAAGGAAAAGAAAGAUGAAGAGAGAAAACAAAGAAUCAUAAAAUACGAAACUAGGCGAGCUGAAGAGAAGGAACAGAAAAGAAAGGAAGAAGAGGAAAAGGCUCUAGAAGAUGAACGUAAACAUUUAGAAGAGAUUGAACGGGAGAAAGAAGCAUGUUUAGCGGAGGAGAAGAGGAGAAAGGAGAAGGAAGAGGAGGAGGAGAAGCAAAAGAAGAAGGAAGAAGAGGAGAAGUUACGACAUGAGGAGGAAGUUGAAUGGAAAAGGUUUGAAGAGGAGCGUGCACGUAGUGAGAGCAUCUCCAGAAAACAGACCAUUCUUAACGGAGUUGAACCUAGCCUUACAUCGGAGCCCAGUGAUCAUCAGCACCAUCAGUCGACUAUACCCGAACCUGAACCUUCCAGUGAUAUUAACUUUAGUCUAGCCAAACCUAAAUCUAUCCAAACUAAACAUGAACCUCCAGAAAACCAGGAUAAACCUGAACCUACCUUCAGCCAACCCAAGCCUAAUCAACCUGUGAUAAUAAAACCAAACAAACCGGUCGCCAUUAAUUUUUCAGAUUUCGAGGCGGAGGCAGAUGUGUUUGCGGAUAUGGAGCUUAGAACUAUAAAUGAUUUUGCGGAGUUACAAACAAUUCUUGGAGCCGGUGGAAAUAUUGGAGUCAGUGGGCAUCAUGGAGCCAAUCAUGGAGCUAAUUCUGCUGUUCAAGUUGUGAAUGGAUUUUAUGGAAACUCUCCUGUGAUAGGAUCAGGUCCUUCCUACCCAAACCAAACCCGACAACCUACCCUUUACCAAGGUAACGACACAUUUUCUCAACAAAGUUCGCAGGGAUAUCCUACAAACCCUUUCUCCAACAUGUCUUCCUUUCCUCAAAGGAACGGUUUAUCAAAUGGAACCGGAGCUGAGGGAACAAGAGGAGCAUUGUUCCAGUCUCCAACCUCACAAUUAUCCUUCCAGGGAACACCAAUCUCCCAACAGGCUUUUCCUAGACCUCCAACUUCCCAACCAUCCUUUCCUGGGUCCCAAAUCUCCCAUCAGACAUUUUCUGGACCACUUACUUCCCAACAGUCAUUUUCCGGAGUCCAGGUUUCCCAACAGUCCUUUUCCGGGGUUCAACCGUCUUUCUCCGGGCCCCAAUAUACCUGGGCGGGUUCCCAAGGAACUCAAUAUCCUAACAUGUAUCCGUAUCCUGGAUGUACUGGAUAUCAACCCAGUGAUAAGUUCUUCCCAGCUGUAUUCCCACCUGGAGUAAACAAUCCUGGGGAACAUACUCCUAGGCAGAGUAAACCUCAACAUCCAGGUUUGGAUAAGGCAAGGUCUGAUGGUUCCCAGCAUCCAUCUAGAUCAAAAUCUUCAGAUAGAUCGGUCACGAGGCUUAAUGGCGAGGGCCCUAAAGAUGAUGAUAAGAAGGUGGGGACAGGAGAAUUAAAACCUAGCCGCAGUGUUGGUGAUCUUAUAUCCGAGCUGCAGAAGGAAGCUGUUCUUAUUGCAGAGCAUAAACGAAAACUAGUUCAAACUCCACCACCAAGGCCUGUUUCCCGCGGCCAGAGCGGUCUGGAAGAUUGGGUUCCCUGGCCUAAAAUAGGUGUAGAAGACCCUCUGGAUGGUCUGGGAGAGAAGGAGAAGGAGAUGUGCUCCCAGAUUGGUGAGAUGGGGUUUCCAAUCUCCAGGCUUGCUACUGCAGCCAGAUGUUUUGGGGCUGAUAGUCAGAAACUUCUCAACUUCUGUAUACUGGUGGAUAGGCUGGUUGAGGAUGGUUGGAGUGAGGAAGUAAGCCUCGAGGUUACUCAAUUACAUGCCGCAGAUGAAAAUCUUACCAGGAAACAUCUGGGUGAAUAUAAGAAGCUUUUAGAACUGGGGUUUAUUAGACAAGAUAUACAUCGCGCACUCAUUGAUACAGGGAUAGAUCACCAGAAGGCGUUAGAGCAACUCAUCAAAUAAAUUUAAAAAUAUUAUUAUAUAUAAAAAUUAUUUAACCUGUUUAAAUAUUGUAUACGACAUGGCGCUUUGGUGAGAUUCAUAAUUUUGGGGAAGUUUUGAUUUUGAAGAUUUUUGAGCAUUUUUGGUAUUUAAAUUUUAAAAAUCGUCCAGUUUUGCAUCAAAACUCAUGUAUCUUAAUUUUCCAUUAUUUUUUAUUUAUAUAUUUUUUAAGGGGAGAAACUCACUAGUAAUUUAAAAACUAGUUUUUAUUUCAUAUUUAUUUACUCUCAUUUUAAUAGCAUUCUGCGAAGUAAGGGCAUUAUAUUUAUCUAUCAGUCUAGUAAAAAUUUCUUUACCUCAAGGUUUUUUUUGUGAGAUCAUAUUUCAGUUAGUCAUGCCAAUAUAUUCAUAUCAAUACUAUGUAAUGGAGUGUUUGUACUUUCUUUAACAUUUAACACUGUUUACUAUUGAAAAAGGGGGGGGGGGGGGGCUGUAAAAUAAAGGACAAGGAUAAAUAUUUUUUACACUUCUAAAACAUUUCAAGAAAUUUGUUUGCUAUUUUAUGAAUGGAAUGAAUUCACCUAUUUUCAUAGCAGGGGUGUGUCAAGUUUUCGAACUCUUUCAUGAAUUAAAGCAUUUUAUAAAUAUCACGAACUAUUUAUUACGGGGCACGAUUACCUUUCUCAUGUACACAUUUAAUUGUACACUCAUGUAAAUUGUAAACUUGUAAUUUUAGUACACGCUGUAAUUUUGUACCAAAGUCAAACGAACACUUAAGUGUUAAAUUUCAGA